AAGCAUAAGCGAGGCACAGACACGGGUAGCGGAGGUGGAGGAGUGGAAGACGGAUGCUAACGAGAUGCUAACGAAGAUGGCGGAACAAACACAGCGAAUGCAGGAAAAACUAACCGAUCUCGAAGGGAGAUCAAGGAGAAACAAUAUCCGAAUCUUCGGUUUACCAGAAGAUGUAGAAGGGAGAUCCACAGUUGCAUUUCUGGAGCAACUUUUUAAAAAGGAGCUCGAACUUCCGGAAGGAGUAGAUCUCCAGAUUCAACGAGCUCACCGAGCCCUCAACCCAAAACCGAGCCCAAAUGCAGCACCAAGGUCAGUCAUAGUUAACUUUCUACAAUUCGAGACCAAAUAAACUAUCCUGAAGAAAGCCUGGCAGAAGAAGGUCCAAGUGACGGGUAAACAAAUCUACUUCGACCACGACUAUCCGACUGAGAUUGUCCAGAAACGAAAGGCAUAUACGGGCAUUAAAAAAAUAUUGAAGGAAAAAGGAAUACGUUUCCAAACACCACUCGCUAAAAUCCGGAUACACUGGGAGAACGGACCGAAGACAUAUGACAGUGCCAGGACAGCAGCGCAAGACAUGAGGGAAAGGGGCUACACUGUUGCUGACCCAGAGGGAGACACUGCGGCAGCGGAGGAAAGACGGCGAGGAGCCGCAGGAUGGCAGCGAGUGAAGGGGAAAGAACGGGAACGAGAAGCGACACAACGAGUGAGAGAAAAACUACGAAGCUUCCAAUGGAAAUCUUAAAAUGUUUUGCUUUCAGAAGAAGUUGAAACUGAGGAGAAAGAGGUAUGGACACAGGAAAAAACAGAUCACGCUAUCAAACUUGGUAUUUUACCAUACCUGGUUGUGGAUAAAGCGACUGACAGAAGAAGAAACUGUUUAAAAUUAUUCAGGCUUUUCUAUUAUUAUUAUUCAUUUUAUAAAAUUUAGUUAAAACCGA